AUGCGACCAUUCUACAGCCUGCGACACACCAGUCGCGCAACUGGCUUCCUGAGAGGCACACAUCCUGUCCCCGAGCCGAUCUCCCUCUCGCAACACACAACGAAGUCAAGGACAAGGACGAUAACAAGCACGACAACAUCCCAACCUUGCCCGCGCAAAUUUCUCCUUGCUUCACACUCUAAUCAAACGCCCCGCCGCGCCUUCAAUCUCCCCUCCCUCUCAUCCAUCCUCCCGUCGUCGUCCAGCAACAACAGCAGCAGCAAUGGCGGCAACGGCAACAAUUCCUCGCACCGCGUCUUGACUGCCACCCGCACCCUCCCCUACCCCCCAGAAACCCUCUACAAAGUGAUUUCAGCCGUCGAGUCCUACUCGCAAUUCCUGCCCUUCCUCACUGCAUCUACUGUCACUGCACGCGACCCCGUCUCCGGAUAUCCGAUGCAAGCGUUCCUGACUGUGGGCUACGGCCCGCUCAGCGAGACGUUCACGUCGCGCGUGGACUGUGAUCGCGAGAAGUGGGUUGUCGAGGCGAGGAGCGGGGCGCGGUUUGGGAGGGAUGGGCAGCCGGAGAGCGGUUCUUCUUCAUCGUCUUCCUCACCAUUGUCGGGAAUCAGUGGGUUCUUUCCUGGCGCUAAUGAGGGUAUCUUUGAGUACCUAUCAACGCGGUGGCAGCUUGUUCCGCUCUCUUCGGCUGAGGCUGGACAGGCUGCUACUGGUGGUGGUAGUGGCUCGUUGACCAAGGUUGAUUUGGAGGUGCGGUUUGAGUUCCGCAGUCAGUUGCAUGCUACGGUUAUGGGUACGGUUGAGGGGCAGAUGGCUGCGGUGAUGGUUGAGGCGUUUGAAAAGCGGAUUCGGGAGGUUGAGGGCCGUCCACGGUGA